GAUCCUGUAGUUUGGACUCCUCCGGUUGGGGGGGCUCAUCCUGCUCAGCUGCUGCCGGGCUCCCUGCCCUGCUGACGGACUGCUUCAGUGAACAGACCAGUGAGGAAACAGGGAGGGACGGACAAAGACAAAUGAAAGCGGAGUGAGGAGGCACAGACGCAUGUUGUCAGUGAGGAGGAAGCGGACUGCGGCUCAGUCUCCGGGGCUGUUCCUCCCUCUGUCCCGUCCCGUAGCUGCUAACACCGCGUCUGUUGUUCUUUCCCCACCGGCCUGUUCUCCAGCGGAGCACCGGGCUCUGGUUCCUUCGCCCUGGACGCGUUUUCCACCCGGAAUGCCCCGAACAACUCGGCUGACACGGUGAACAGCUGACGAUGGCUCCCGCGCGGAUGGUUGGCAAAGUUAUGUUGAGACUUGUGGGAAGUGUUCAGCCUCUUCGCUGCGGACUCGCGGCCAAACGUCCCGCUGCAUUUCUCCACACGGUUCAGCAGAGGUGGCCUCCACUUGGACAUCAAGCGCUUUUCUACAGCACGGUCCCGCCCUCCAGUGAUGUGUCUGUGAGGUACAAAUAUGGCCGUUUGGUUCUGGAGGUCCCGUUGCCAUCCAGGAACGAGAACUGUCUGUUCUACCUCCGGCCCAUGCUGAUGAGCGUGGGCGACCUGAUCACAGAUCUGCAGAGGGAGGACCCCGGACUGACUGCUUCUAUCAUCUCCAAGGACGGAGAGCACGUCCCCAGCACCACGCUCAUCGACGCUCUGCUGGACAACGAGUUCCAGCUCGUCAUCAACGAUGCCGUCUACGGUGUCAAAGCACCUGAAAAGGUGUGUGCAUCCAGCGAUCACGCCAUGGAGCUGGAGGACAUGAAGUACGUUGUGCACCUGCUGCACACAGCGCUCCACAUGCCCGAGCACCAAAUGCUGAAAGAGAGGGAGCUGCUGGAGAAACUGGACAACCUCAAACAAGAGCUCUCGCCUCUGGAGAAGAUGAAGGCUCAGCUGUCUCAAUCAGCAGAGUUCCACAGCUCCAAGGUUAUCUGGACCGGCAUGGCCCUGCUGUCCGUGCAGGGUGGAGCUCUGGCCUGGCUCACCUGGUGGGUCUACUCGUGGGACGUGAUGGAGCCUGUCACUUACUUCAUCACCUACGCCACCAGCAUCGGAGUCUUUGCCUAUUACGUCAUGACCAAACAGGAUUACCUCUACCCAGAGGCUAAAGACAGGCAGUUCCUCCAUUACUUUUACAAAGGGGCCAGCAGGAAGAGAUUCAGUGUGGAAAAAUACAACGAACUGAAGGAUGAAGUGGCUCAGGUGGAGGAGGAUCUGAGACGCCUGAAAUAUCCAACUGAACAUCAGCUGCCACUCGAACAGAUUCAGCCAAAGCCUUGAACCUAAGUCAGGCCAUGAAGAGUCACUGACACACACACACACUCUCUCUAAGGAGCAAAAACACAUUUUCUUUUGAUAAUGGUUCCUUUUUAACCAGGAAUCAAGAUCAUUCUGCAUUUUGUUUACAAUAUUGAUAAUGAUGCCAUUAAUAUCUCUGAGAAAAAUACUAACACUGAGGACUGUUGAAAUAAAGAGUAUUUCCCCAACACUGGGAGCAUCUCC